GGGCUGUUCCGGAUGAGACGCCUCCCUCCCUCCGCCCCUCUGAUCCUCUUAUCAGCGAGUAAGCGGCCAAGAUGGAUGUUGUAAACCAGCUGGUGGCCCAAGGGCAGUUCACCAUAAUCAAACAACCUUUGGGAUUUAUAAAAGUUCUACAAUGGAUCUUUGCGAUCUUCGCUUUCUCAACAUGUGGAAGUUACUCUGGCAUGUUCAAGAUGAGUGUGGAGUGCAGCAACCGGUCGGAAAGUGAUCUAGGCAUAGAAGUAGAAUUUGAAUAUCCAUUCAGGCUCCAUCAGGUUUACUUUGAUGUCCCCACUUGUAAGGGAGGGAACAAGGAUCGGCAGUUCCUGCUCGGGGACUACUCCUCUUCGGCUGAGUUCUUCGUCACCAUUGGUGUCUUUUCCUUUCUCUACUCUAUGGCAGCACUCUCUGUAUACUGUUUCAUCUUAGAGAAGUAUCGUGAAAACAGCAAGGGGGCCCAGAUUGACUUUGUUGUGACGGCAGUAUUUGCCUUCAUGUGGCUGGUGUCUUCUUGUGCUUGGGCUAAAGGCCUGUCAGAUGUAAAAACAGCCACUGAUCCAGAGAGGGUCAUCACUCUCAUCCCAGCCUGUGAUGAACCAGAAAAUCGUUGUCGUGAGCUCUAUGACCCCAAGGUCUCCGGCCUCAACACCUCUGUGGCUUUUGGCUUCAUCAACGUUAUCCUGUGGAUUGGGAACCUGUGGUUCAUCUUUAAAGAGACUGGCUGGAAGGCUGCCUUUGCUGGAACGUACGUCCCAUCACAGGAGAAGCAGCCCGCCCCAGAUUCCUACGACCAGGGUGGCUAUGGACAGCAGGACCCCUAUGCCGGCUCCCAGGGAGGUUACCAGCCCGAUUACGGCCAGCAGGGAGGCUACAGUGAGGAUGGAGGUUAUAACCAGGGCUAUGACCAGCAGCCCACCUCCUACUCUAAUCAAAUGUGAGCCUGCCCUGAAAAACCAGAGCUGCAGAAUGGGUGACCUUGUGAUUUUGGGGGGUGGCUCUCCACCGACCACCACUUUCAUUUCCACACUCCUCUGUUUGUCUGUUUGUGUAUCUGUGAGUUGACAGGCGGAGGGAGGGAGGGAGGCCUGGAGGGCAGACACUGGUGGGGCUGGGGAGGAGAUCAUCAUUGUGGGUGUUGUGGGGGCAGGGAGGGGAUGGAUCUUUGCUGUAACAUGAUGUUUAUUCUAGUGAUGUAUUAACUGUAGAAGACAACAGAGGAUUGUCUGUUUGGUUAUACGAGAAAAACUUGAAUACAAAUACCAAAACAUUCGUUUAUGAACAUUUAAGAGAAAUCUUGUAAUGAAAAAGACAUUUAUGGGGAAAAAAAAAAAACAUUGUAGUAAUAUUUAACUUGGGAGAAUGUAUUUGUCUGUGCUGUGUAAAUACCAACAUGCUGAUAUAUAUAAUUAUAUGUACACAGUUGAAUAAUUGUGCACUCCAUAUUAGUUGUUAUACAACAAAUGUUGAGCACAGAGUUAUUCAAUUGCAUUUACUUUGGUUCUGUUUAGGAGCUCACAUAGUUUAGUCUUUGUCCUUAAGUUCCCAUAUUAAUACCAAAAUCAUGUUUUUAUUUUCUCAUCCCAAAAUCUGGGCAUUGUUUUUUAAUGUUCUCAUUAUAGUUUUCCUUCUUAUUUAUUUAUUUGAGCAGCAUUAUUUGGCAAGAUUUAAGAACUGGGGUUAUUGUGAUGGCAAAUGUUGAAGCAAAACAGAGAUAUGUAUAAAAAAAAUGAGCUGAGAAAGAGAAGUAAGAUGUGAACAGUAGUGAUAACAGUGGGUUGCUUUCAUUUUUAUGUUUAUUAAAAUAUAUUUUUCCAUCAAAUAUCACUGUCAAGAGAGGAUGAAUUCUUGUGACACACUGAAUAUUUCAAAUCCUGACAUCUAGAAUAAAGAGUGCGCAGGGAGAAGAAAAUGAGCACGUCAGAUUUACUGCGCUGUUACAGAAAGUGCUGUUGCUCUGUCAGUACCGAAAUUGUGAACUGGAGCUGUGAGCGGCUGCCUUAGCAAUGUGUGUUUGUUUGGAUUUGUGUAGUGGCAUCAAACAAAUUUUGUCGAUGAACCACAUCCUGUUUUCAGUCGCCUUUUAUGUGGUCCUGAAAGUUGUAAGACAGAGUUAUAUAGUUUUUUAAAUGGUGUUUCUAUCACACUGUAACCAGUGGCAUACAUCCAUUAACAUUAACUGUAGAGAAAUGAAAGUAAGGUAUAUUCAAUUUUAAAGACCUUGAUCAUGCCGUGGAAUAACUACAUAUUAUUAUGAAGGAGUUUGACGAGUAUGUCUCCAUAUAUAAUCCUUCUGCAUCCUCAGUGUACUUUAGCUCUUCUGCGAGCCAAUUUACUGCAUGCAUCCUGCUUCUGAUAUCUCAAAGCAUCCUUAAACAUAUUUGAGAGGCUGAGGCUCAAAGCUGCAAGAAAGCAUUAGGCUACACAAUAAAUAUCGUGGUAUGUUCAAUCCAUCGUAGUGGUUACUGCACAAAGCACAAACUGAACAGCAGCUCUGCUAUAGUCUAAUCAAAGCACAAAUUAAGUGUUGCAAUAAUUACUUCUUUCCAGAUACAAACACACUUUCCCAAUCAUCAGUCUUCUGGUUGGAUAUUCUAGUUCAUGUUUCCCAGAAGGUAAGAGAUGUGUCUUGAUUGGUAAUUUCGCUUCCACGGGCUUUGUCACAAUAAAUUGUUCAUCUCCAGUAAUAUUGGUCCAUUGUACAGCCUUGUAUUCAUUGAGAUUUUUUUUUUUUUGAAAAUAAAUUAAUAAAUAAAUUCAGGGUUCUUUGAUUCAGGCAGUGUAGAAGCACCUUGCUUUAUCUCCUCCUCUAGUCUCCCACCUCUGUUUUUUCUCUCUAUCUUUCUUUCUCCUUCACUGUAGCUCUUAUAAAUAUGCUGAAAUGAAAUAUACUCUGUUGUUAGUGGUGAAUGAUGUCUUGUGAUACUCUCUAAGCCUUUGGAUAGUGCUGUGUUUAUUGUGUAUGAUGUAUUCAUAUUAGUAUUUAUGAUAAUGAUAAGUCAGAGAAAAAAAAAAUAACCGAGACUCUCCAGAAUUCUGCUGUAUUCUUAUUAUUAUAUGGGAUCCAUGUGAAACAAAAUGAAAUAAACUUGAAAUUAUUCUGUUGAAGGUUAAAAA